AUGGCUCCCCGGGGAGUUGCAAAAGCCCGCGACUAUGACUAUUCCAAUGUCGGAAAACAGGGAAGGAGGACGGGUAUCACACUCAAAGAAGGCCGACGGGACGAGCAUGGGAUGGAGGAAUUAGACGGAGUAUUUUCGUCGCCAGAAAAGUCCCCCGUACGGUUCAACGGAAACGAGACAAUGAUGGGAUCGGAGGGCAUGUCAAUAGACGAAGACGACGGUCCAGGUCCGACCGAUUUUCUUUCUCGGUCAGCUGCUCGUCGCUCUCCGUUCUUCCCACCACCUGCCUCAAGAUCACCAAGGAAGAGCGGACUGGGUGGAUCUCCGCGACGAACACCGGGUUUACGAUCGUCACCUAUUGCACAAAAUGAUGUUCCUUCUAGCCCAACUUCUGCCCGCCAGCGGAGGGGUAGGACAACUGAAGAUGCGAAUGAAUCAAUACAUGCUCGUCAGCCGCUGAAUGACCGGCGGCCAAACACUGCGCCUAUUGUAAAUGGAUCGCGACAAAAAGGUGCCGUGAACACAUAUGCGAACGAUGAGAAUCUGCCCAUCAAUGACGACAAUGAGGAAGACGAAGAGAUCAACGACGUGAGCGCGUACCAGAAUGAGUCUGUAGAAGAUGACUAUGGCGUGCACGAGAUUGGUGACGAUGGUUAUGGAGACGAUACUGGUGAAGCGACGCCUGACGACACUACCAAUGUCCAGAAUGACGACCGCUCCGAAGACGAACCGUCCCCGAUUCAAUCAGCUAGUUUGCGCACUAAAAAGCGAAAAGCCCCAGCGACGACGAACGACGACGUUGAUACACCAGUCGAAGAUAUACCCCAUAGUCCGCCUAAGAAAAAACGCGCUGGAAGACCUCCAAAGUCACAAGCCCAGAAAGCUACACAAGAGAAAACAGACGAAGCACGACCUGCGAAGAAAGCCAAGAUAUCCAAACUACCUCCAGCAAUAGAAAGAGAACCAUUGGAUCCCGAAUUGGAGAAAGUGGUGGAAAACCAUGUCAAUCGCACCGGACCCUUGAAAGGUCGCAGUCUGUAUAUAUUGAAGCGAGAAGUACCGACCGACCAGCAAGCAGCGCAUACUCGCUCAGGUAGGGUUUCGGUGCGACCAUUGGCAUAUUGGCGCAACGAGCGGUGUGUGUAUGGCGACGGAGAAGCAGAUCUUGGACAACGAUAUCCCUUAUCCACAAUCAAGGAAAUUAUUCGUAUAGAAGAUAUUGAGCCAGAGAAGAAAGGAGGCAAGAAGCGCAAGGGAUCCAGCAAAAAAUCCAAAUCGAAGAAGCAGGGAGAUUCAGAUUCAGAUGACGAUACCGAUGAGAGGGAUAGGUGGGAAGCCAAAGAGGGAGUUUUGCAUGGAUUUACCAAGAAAUGGAAUUCAGAUAAGCAGACUGCCUUGAACGAAGAAGAGGUAACAGAAAUCGCAUUCUCGCCCGCUGGCUUCGAAACACGAGAUGUCAAAGAUUCUACAUUCCGUGUCGCCAAACUACUUAGUCAACCAUUUUUUGGCAGUGGGAUUGUCGAACUCCCAGCAAAAGGAGUCAAGAAACCAAAGAACUCAAAACGGAUGCACAUGGUAUUCUACGUGUGUUUUGGAAGGGUACAGGUUGAUAUCAACGGCGUUCAAUUCACGGCGGGCAAGGGGUGUAUAUUCCAAGUUCCUCGAGGUAACCAUUAUAGCUUCGCAAAUAUAACCCCCAAAGAAGCCCGGCUUUUCUUCACACAAGCAUUCAUGCCGAACGGAAGUGACAACGACAACGAUAACGAACCGAUAUCAGCCUCGAAACCGGUCGCUGCAACUGAGACUGAACCCGAUCCCGAUCCUGAAGGCGAUGCUGAAGAAGCAGAGGGCAGCAAAGCCCCGGCAGCCAAGGGUAAAGGUCGCGGUCGUGGGCGGAAAGCUGCUGCUAAAUAA